GAAUUCGGAUAUUAUUUAGACUUCAAUUAUAUGAAUACAUUAAAAUUUUCUCACUUUUAUACACUUAUAUACAAGAGAAAAAAAAAAAAUCAAGAACGAAAACUACUCCGCCGGUGACAAUCUCUCCUCCGCCAAUGCCAAUAUUCUUUCAGAGCAAUACGUAUUCGUCGAUCCCAACAUCUAUCUGCCAAAAUUUUUAGGUGGCGGGUCGGUAACCUAAGAAAAUAUAUUAUGCGAAGUUACUAGGUUGGACGAUAGGCGUCAAAGUCUCCAUUUUUUUAUAAAAUUGAGCACCUGACAUUUGCCUUCUGCAUAUCAAAGGCAUCACGAAAGAGUACGCUCCACUGCUUUCCCCAGUUUAAAACGACCUCAACAUUCCCUUCUCUCCACAAAAAAACCCCAGCUUUUCCCUUAUCCUCAUUUUCCGACUACCUUGCCGCCGGCAUCGGCCAAAUGCCGCUACUUCCGUCUCCAUGCCUCAGCUUCACGGCCUAUCGAGACUGGUGCUACAAACGCUCCUUCAUAUCCGCCGGACUCCGCCUCACCGUCCUCCACCUCCAGGCAGGUCAAUCCACCCUCUGUUGCUGGACCCCUCGCCAUCCCGACCCCCAAACUCGUCCCUCCCUUGUCCUCCUCCACGGCUUCGGUGCCAACGCAAACUGGCAAUGGUCCUCCUACCUCCGGCCUCUCAUCAACGCCGGCUUUGACCUCUACAUCCCGGACCUUCUAUUCUUCGGUGGAUCCUACACAACCCGAUCGGAUCGCAGUGAUAGCUUCCAGGCCGAGUGCGUCAUGGCGGCGAUGGAGGCGAUGGGGGUGAAUCGGAUCCGGGCGGUGGUUGGGGUUAGCUAUGGAGGGUUUGUCGGGUAUCGGAUUGCGGCGAUGUUUGAGGCGAUGGUGGAGAGGGUGGUGUUGAUCUCUGCCGGGGUGUGUUUGGAGGAGAAGGAUUUGAGGGAAGGGAUGUUUAUGGUGGAUGAUCUGGAGGAGGCAGCGAGUAUUUUGUUGCCGCAGACGCCGGAGAGGCUUCGGCAGCUUAUUCGACUCUCGCAUUGCCGGCCGCCGCCGGCUUUGCCGACGUGUUUUUUGUCGGACUUUAUACAUGUAAUGUGCACAGAUUAUGUGGAUGAGAAGAGGGGAUUGAUUUUCGCUUUAAUCAGGGACAGGAAGCUUUCAGAUCUUCCAAAGAUUUCUCAGCCAACGCUAAUUAUUUGGGGAGAGCAAGAUCAGAUAUUUCCUUUGGAGUUGGGACACAGAUUGAAAAGGCAUUUAGAGGAAAACUCCCAGCUUGAAGUCAUAAAAAACGCAGGCCAUGCUGUUAAUCUCGAGAAGUCCAAGGAAUUGUGCAAACUUUUGAAAGCAUUCGUCUUACAUUCAUCCGAACAAGAAUACAGCAAACGUAAGGGUAGAAAAUGGCAUUCUGCAACCAAGUAUGCUGGCGAGGGUGUGAAGAAAUUUGCUGCAAGUCUUCCUUUGCUAUCAGGACAGCGAGAGAAGGCUUGAAGACUUCACUUGUUGCGGCCUGCAUAUUGUUGUGAAUGAUAAAGAAUGUAAUUUAUAACACAUGCAAGAUGUGACAUCAGCCGGAUGUGGCAGAUACCUCAUCGAUUCAAUUGGUUGAUUUAUAGAUGGAAAAUGUUUUUUAUAAAGCUGAGUACUUUUUUGUUUUU